GUAGCAGCUUCUGUCUCCCUUGUCGCUCAUCCAGAGUCAACAGACGACCAGCUUUACAUCCUGGCUUCAGAUGAAAACCUGCUCGCAUCAUUAGGAACUCUGAAAACCAGGUGUGGUGUCAGAGUGGUACAUCCAAAAGACUUCCGGGGGUGCGAGGCUUCUGCCGUCAUUGCUGUGAAUGUGAGUGACGAGUGGCUGCUAGAAGUGAUCUCCCGCUCCAGGACUCAACUCAUCAUCAUUGACACCCUCCAAGACCAUGAAGAUCUCUGGGAUUCCAUGAGACAAGAACAGCGUGUGGAAGUUCUUAGUGGAAACUUUCCCACGGAUAUAGAAGACAGAAAAGUCCUCCUGACUCUAGAUGAGGAGAAAAAGUUUCUUUGGACGCCAACCUGGGACAAGACGGGGGAAAGGAUUGGAGAGGAGGCAUUGAAGAAAGAGGGUUUCCUCGACCAGAACACUGGAGGAUUCUUUUGUCUCUCUGACGAGCCCCUGGACAAAAUUUUACCCUCACCCCCAUACCUCGACCCGUUCGCCGCAUGGGGGUAUAUGUGGGGGGGAAACCCAGGGGAAGUGUCUCAGAUUGGCGAAGGAAAGAGAAUUAUUGAGUUCCUUGGGCUGCGGGGAGUAAAGUGGGAGCCAAUGUACUGGCCCCCAGUGCCAUUAAAGGUUCGAAGUAAAGGGACCGGACUCCUGGAGUCCAUUUCUAUUGUUCUAACUGGGUCACUGAUGCAUCUUCCUCUCCUCAAGAAAUCCUUUGAGGAGCUCCUGGGACAUAUACACAUGACUUGGCCACCAGUUGAACCAGUUUAUAUCAUCAUGGAUAGUGCUAAACCCCUUAAACAAGUCUCGGUCGCAGAUGGCUUCCCUAGCGUUCACAAGAGACUGAAGGACGUGUAUCACUCCAGUUCACCGGAAUUCAAUGUCUCAGAUGAAGCUGGUUCCAUGAAAAAUGGUGGUUUGCAGUUCAGUACAUUGGAAACUCUUCUUCAUCAGAUUCAACUGGCAGCAACUAUUCUCCGGAGACCAAUAGUACUCUUAGGAAAUAAACUAUCUCGCACGUUUCGCCCUGAAGAUACCAAUGAAGAAAAGAACUUGUGUGGUAUCCUCCUCCUUGCUAGAGACAACCUUCAGCCCAACUCUUUUGAGAAUCCUCAGUUCAUCUCCAUCAUCCCUAUUGUGCCUCAUUGGAGGGGUGGAGACGUGUGGAUAGGAGUGGAGAAGCUGCCCCCGGUAUAUGGGGAUGGCCAGUUUCCCCCUACAUUAACAAAAAUCUUUUUCCAAGGGAAGGUGAGAGUGACAUGGAAAAGACACAGCGCUAUCAUGUUACAGUCGCUGGACAGGAAGCUGGCAGGAUUACCACCACUCAGUCUAGAUGCGAAGAUGAAUAUGCGAAAACUUCGAAAACUUCGUCAUCAAUGGUCAUCAGACUGGUCGGGAGAAAUUUUCAGUUCCCUCAUAAUGCCAUCAAUCCUUCCGUUUCUGUUCCAGGCGAACGUGGGCCAACGGCGUCAUCUGCGCUUUGGAGAAGUUUUGAAAAACUCGGGACAUAUGACACAUGGAAUCUUCUCCGAAGUUUUAACGAACGUAUGCCAGUGGCAUCAUCUGCGCUUUGGAGAAUUUUCGGUAAGCCCGACGUUCGCCGUCCGCACACCGCUCGAGACACCGCUCCGACGUGAUGGCAUCAAUCUCUUUAUGUUCCAGGAAAACUCAGCCGGGGGGAAAGACUUCAGCUCAUUCAUUCCUUUGGUAAGACCGACGUUCGUCAAUUCCCCGCCCGUC